AGAGCUGGUUGGUACCGGCAUAAUCAUCAGCAGGAAGGAAUUGUUUUUCACACAGGUCUAACAGGUGACGCAGCAAACUACCUGUUUUUACGUACUGUGGUCAAGGGACAGUUUAAAACUGCACGUAUUUGACAGUUGACUGGCAAGCUUGGUUAAAGAUGGUGCGGAGAACUUGAUCGCGAGAUUUACACACAGUCAAUCUUUUCUGCUUCGCAACUGUAGACAACAACGCAGGUUUCAUCUCUGCCUCCAGCCACAUUGCAAUAGAUUUGUAGCUGGUAGGCGUAAUCGUGCCUCAAUAUUGCAAUAUAAUGGGUAUCCUGGCGCAGUAUUUGAUGUUCAUCUUCACUUGCUCUCCCAACCUCCAAGCUUCACUCCUCUUCGUCAUCAUUCUUCUGGCCGUGCGAUGGCUGUUACGCAGCCCGGACAACCUGCCCCCAGGCCCGGUAGGUUGGCCUGUCGUUGGGUCGGCGCUACAGCUCAAGGGCCAGCCCCUUCACGAAGCUUUCACCAUUUUGGCCAAACAGUAUGGAAGUAUCUUUAGCCUUUAUCUCGGCACUUCCUUGGUGGUUGUACUCAACGAUGCUAUUUCUAUCCAAGAAGCGCUCAUCAAGCAGGCCGACAGCUUCUCCGGGCGGAAAGUCCCUGAGGCAGUCAAACGUUCUUUUCCAAUGAAAGGCACCAUUUUGUUCGGUACCGGCGAAGACUGGCAUGCCUUGCGUCGGUUUACAGUGGCUUCGAUGCGGAACCUUGGCGUCGGUAAAAACAACAUGGCACUCUGCAUCAACGAGGAAGCUCGCAUCUUAUGUGACAGCUUCGAAAAACACGGAGGCAGGCCCUUCAACCCCCUAACUCUGGUUUCAAGCGCCAUCUCCAAUGUCAUCUGCCAGAUGUCCUUUGGUCACCGCUAUGACUAUGACAAUGAGGCCUUUGUCCGCAUACAAGACAACUUGAGGAAGAGGAUGUCCUUCAGUCGGGCGUCAUUAGUGAACUACUUCCCGUUCCUGUUUUACACGCCUGUUUUUAAGGAACUCAGGGAGCUUGAUGAGGAACGGAGGAGAGAUGUGCAAGCCGUGGUUUAUGAGCAUCUAGCGACCUUUGACCCAAAACAUUUCCGGGAUAUGAUUGACCUAUUCUUCAGUGAGGUCCAGCAAAAGAAGGAUGGUACUAAUUCCAAGUUCCCGUUCGUUGAGACGGAUGUUGAACGGUUACUCCACGACUUAUUCGGUGCUGGCACUGACACCUCAGCUAAUAUGAUCAUGUGGAUGAUCGUGGUCAUGAUGAAGUACCCGGAUGUGCAGAAGAAGAUGCAAGAGGAAUUGGACCGUGUUGUUGGCUGCGGUCGGCAACCAAGCUGGUCUGAUCGACCCAAUCUCCCGUACUGCGACGCUGUUUUGUUGGAGCUUCUGAGGUACAGACCCACUGGUGCGCUCGCUGUGCCUCACAAGGCCGACGAGCACUCCAACCUCAUGGGGUACAAUAUUCCUAAGGACACUAUGGUGAUGGUCAACAUCUACGCCGCCCACCACGAUCCAUAUUACUGGGAGGAGCCAGGUCAGUUCCGUCCAGAGAGGUUCCUAUCUGCUAAUGGGACGGAAGUCGUGAAGCCCACACAUCCUUCAUAUCUUCCAUUUGGAAUAGGUCGUCGAGUGUGUGCCGGCGAACACUUAGCUCGUAUGGAGUUGUUUCUGUUUACAGUGAGUCUGUUACAACGAUUCACUUUUACCGUGUCCGAAAGCAACCCAUCACCGAGCAUGGACGGCAUAUUCGGUAUUACGCUCUCGCCCUGCCCCUUCCGUGUCUGUGCUUCGCCUCGGCAUACCUAACUAACUUGUACUUGCAGACAUUGCUAAUUGAAAAAAAAUACACGUAAAUAAAUAAAUUGAGUGGGAGUCAAUUGUUAUCAAUAUUAUUAUUUUAUAAAUGACGACGAUCUUUUACUGAGAACACAUUUUACAACAUAAGGUACACGACAGGCGUUUAAAUGCCGUCUUGAUUAACUCAGCGAAUCUUCAUAGAUUUUGUUGGACAGUUUCCUUGUGGAAACGUUGUGCUGCCUGACAUUCAAACCGCAAAAAUACAGAAUAAGCUACGCAGUUUUAUUCUCUUAAUUCUGUUAGCAUCAAAAGAUGAGUUGGAGGCUCUCUAACUUUGUCAGUUAUGAGAAGAGACUUUAUUAAAUGUGUUACUAUCUGUUUUACUGUGAAGAAUAUACAAAUAAGAGCUAAUAAAGUGUAAAUGACAUCAACUUUGUAACAAA